AUGAAUAAUUUAACAGAAUUUCAAAAAAAAUUUUAUAAUAGAAUAAAUUUAAAACCAAUUGAUAAUUUAAAAUUUGAAGAUUUAUCAAUUAUAAUGAAAUCAUGUAGCGAAACAUUUUCAUUUGAAAAUUUAGAUAUUGUUAAAGAAGAAAUUGGGGAAAUUACUAAAGAAUCAAUUUAUAAACAACUUUUAUUAGAAACCAAUGGAGGAUUAUGUUAUAAAUUAAAUGGAUUAUUAUACUAUUUUUUAUUGGAUUGUAGAUUUGACGUUUAUUUAUCAAUGGGAACUGUAGUGAAUGGAUUUAAUCCAUGGGGAUCAACUGAUUGUCAUGUUGUAAACAUUGUAAAUUAUAAUAAUAAAAAAUAUUUAGUUGAUAUUGGUUUUGGAGGUUUUAUAGCAUUAAAUCCAAUAUUAAUCAACGAAUUUGAUAAUAAUUAUUCAAAUCAAAUUAUCAAAAACGAAAAUGGAUUAUUCAAGGUAAUAUUAGAAAAUAGUAAAGCAAUCAAUAGUAAUGGUGAAAAUGUAAAUUAUACACAUACAUUUCAAUAUAGAAAAGAUGACAACUAUUUAAUAGAAAGUGAAAGAAAUUGGUCCUCAGGGUUUGUUUUCAAUUUAAAUAAAGUUUCAGAUCAAUCCCUAUUCAUCAUUCAAAAUCAAAUUAUUAGAGAUCAACUAGAGAUUACCAAAGGCCCAUUGGUUGUUAAAUUAACCAAUGAAGGUACCUCAACCCUAACUGAAAACAAUCUAACCAUCACAACUCAUAAUGGUUUCAAAACCAAAACCCCUUUAAAAUCAAGGGAUCACUUCAACGAAAUCCUUCAAAAAGAAUUUAAAAUAAAUAAUCCAAUUUUAAAAAAAUUAAAUAAAAAUAAAAAUUUAUUUUAA